UGUGUUUUGCGACAUGACGUGUUUUGGUUUUUCAAAGAUGGCUGCGCGCAGCAAACUUGUCACGAAACCCGGCUUGGAGGCAUGAGGUCGUUCAUAAUAUUGUUGAUAUAAAGAUAUUAUUUCGCAUGAGGGAACCGAUAACUCGCAGUUUCCUGCGACUGACAUUGUCUCACCAUGGACGGAGUGCUUUAGCUCUGAUGACAGAAUGCUGUAAGGUAGCUAGCUGAGAAGACGCCCCUGACAGUAGGCUAGUUUAGGUGACUUAAAUGUUAGCAAGUGAGCUAAAGGAUAUAUGCUUAAAGGAUAUCGGCUGAAUUUGUAUUUAUGUAGCCGGUUGUGUGCAUUACUCUGUCGUGCGUGUAUAUAAAUGGCCAUUUAAAUGUGUUUGUUCACUUAGUAAGUCUGCUUCGUCAGUUAGCUAGUUACCUAUGAGAAAAAAGUUGAACACAUUCACGUUAAGCGAAAUAACAUGGUCUAAUGUUUCAUCGCAUAGUUACAUAGGUAAUGCUAGUUUGACGCUAGCCGAGUAUUCUAGUUUGUGUUUGAAUGAGUGGAGACUAGCGUUCUCUGUUAUAGCCUACACUUCGUCGUUUACCCUGCUACGUUAAUGCGGAAUUUGUGGCAACGAUGGCAUUGCUACGAUCAAGACUGCCUCGUCUCGGUCCAUUAUGUUGCGGCCGCAGGGAUAUCGGCUUUUUCUCCAGCACGUCGCCCUCAAACUGGAGUAAAGUUGUCUCCGAAGCAGAGAAAAUCGUCGGAUAUCCCACCUCGUUCAUGAGUUUGCGGUGCUUGCUGAGCGAUGAACUCAGCAACGUCGCGAUGCACGUGAGGAAACUGGUGGGGACCAAGCACCCUUUACUAAACACCGCAAGGGGCUUUGUGUAUGACAGUAGGAACAACCUGCAGAUGAGGGGCCUGGUGGUGCUGCUGAUGUCCAAGGCGGCCGGUCCGAGUACUGCCGCCGCUGACCUCCUCCAGCAGGACAUGGUCAGCGGGAUCUACCCCAGUCAGCGUAAUCUGGCAGAAAUCACAGAGCUCAUCCACACGGCCCUCCUGGUGCAUCGUGGGAUUAUUGACCUCAAGGAGUGGACCAACUCCGAUGGGCCCCUCAAGGACAUGCAGUUCGGAAACAAGAUGGCUGUGCUUAGCGGGGACUUCCUGUUGGCCAACGCCUGCACGGGAUUGGCCCAGCUCAAUAACACCAAGGUAGUGGAGCUCAUCUCCAGUGCCAUUGGGGACCUGGUGCAGGGCAUCUACUAUGAGAACUCCUGCACUGCUGAGGAGAGCAGUCCUGUCGCUGAUGUCACCAUGGCCACCUGGGAGGAGCAGGCGUUCCUUUCCCAUGGCUCUCUGCUGGCAAAUAGCUGCCAGGCUGCCAUGGAGCUGGCCAAGCACGACAAGAAGGCCCAGGCCCUGGCCUUCCAGUACGGCAAGCACAUGGCACUGGGGCACAAGAUGAACUCUGACCUGCAGCCCUUUGUGACGGGCGGUCCGGGGGACCCCGUUUCCUUCAGCCUGAACUCGGCUCCCGUGGCGUUCCACCGUCACGCGGUGGGGGCGGAGACCUGGCUCCUGCAGCUGCAGCAGGCCACUACUAUCGGACGGCAGGUGGACUACACAAAGCUCUGGAGAACGAUCCAGGCGGGGAAAGGCGUGAGCUCUGCCAUCGGCCUCUGCCGUUACCAUGGAAACAAAGCCUUGGAGGCCAUCCAGUGCUUCGCUCCGUCAGAGGCUCGGUCCGCCCUGGAGAACAUCGCCAGCGCCGUCGCCAAGUUCUGACCCGGUCAGCCGGGUGGGGAGGGGGGGCAUUCCAUCUCCCCCGAAAAACUCCUCUCGCCAGCCUCACAGACUACUGACCCCCUGCCCUCAGUGCCUGAUUUGACCCGGCUCGUGGAAGAAUGCCUCGUCCUGAGAAUUUCGAGGUUCUGAUCCAGUCGGGCCUGGACCAGAAUAUGGCCUGAGCUGCCACAAGGAGCUGCCACCCCCCCCCUCCCCUCCCCUCCCCUCCCAAUUGGGCCUGAUCUGCCUGAGAGGGUUGGUCCAAAACCAGUAAAGCGCUCUCACUGAUGCCUGGAGGCCUGAUAACUGCCGCGGUAACCAACGUCCAGCUGCUGAAAGAAGCUGUGACUUCUUUUUUUUUU